CUCCGACCGAAAGUCAAACCUCGAGAUUCUAGCCGGAGGAGAAGGGACGGAGCCUUUGGAUUCUGAUUCGGUGUAUCAAGAGGAAUUCAGCUGGUCCUCUGUUCUUCUUCCAUUUCUAUUUCCAGCUUUGGGUGGUUUAUUGUUUGGCUAUGAUAUCGGUGCAACUUCUGGUGCUACUAUCUCCCUGCAGUCAGCGGAGCUUAGUGGAACUACAUGGUUCAAUUUUUCUUCUGUUCAGCUCGGUCUUGUGUUGUUGUUACCCCUUUAGGUAAGGUCAUAAUCAGUAGUCCAACAUUAUGUUUUAAAAAUUCAAUUAGUUAACCCUUGAGAUUUGAUUAUUCUCGCAACUCCCUCUUUUGUAUAUAUUUAUUUCAUUUGACUCCAUUCAACUGUUGAAUACUUAUAGAAAAUAAGUAUUCAGGAAAGUUAGAAUACUUGUUUUUCAUCAUUACAAGUCAUGAUUGUGGCACACCGUACAUUAUUUCUUCAUCUAUGUUUGUUUGCUAGAGAAGUGUAAUUGGGAGUAGCAGUGGGUCAGGAAAUACAAACAUUCAUCCCAUAUAAUAAUAACAAAGAAGUGUUUUGGAUUCUAAGAGAUUAUUUGAUAAUGGGGUAAAUAUUGACGAAAGAGGAAUUUGUGAUAAUUUAAAUUCAAGGGGUAAUUGAUUGACUUUUAAAAAUAUAAAGUCGGACUAUUACUUAUGACCUAACCGUUGGAGGCAACAAUAAUUUUCCCUUUUUAUUUUUACUUCACUCUUGAUUUAGGUAAGUGGGUCCCUUUACGGAGCAUUGCUUGGCUCCAUCAUUGUUUACCCACUAUCGGAUUUCCUUGGCAGGAGAAGGGAACUUAUAAUAGCAGCCGUUCUAUAUGCACUUGGUGGUUCAUUAACUUCAUAUGCUUCAGGCCUAACUGUUUUAUUAGUAGGGAGGCUUAUUUAUGGGCUUGGUAUUGGUUUGGCUAUGCAUGGUGCACCUCUAUAUAUUGCAGAAACAUGUCCCACUCAAAUUCGGGGAACCCUGAUUUCCUUAAAGGAGCUAGCUAUAGUUUUUGGCAUUUUGAUGGGUUAUUUUGUGGGUAGCUAUGAAAUUAAUGCCAUUGGAGGGUGGCGUGUCAUGUUUGGGUUUAGUGCACCAAUUGCUUUGCUCAUGGGGUUAGGGAUGUUGAGUUUACCGCCUUCUCCAAGAUGGUUACUUCUGAGGGCGAUUCAAGGAAAAGGACGUCUAGAAGAAUACAAAGAAAAGGCUAUGAAGGCUUUGAGCAAGCUUAGAGGCCGACCUGCUGGAGAUAAGGUGUCUGAGAAACAAAUAGAAGAUACUCUAGUCUCAUUGAAAGCUGCUUAUAAUAAUGAGGAGGAAACCAGUGGGAGUUUCUUAGAAUUAUUUCAAGGUCCAAGCUUAAAAGCAUUUAUAAUUGGGGGUGGAUUAGUCUUCUUUCAGCAGAUAACUGGGCAGCCAAGUGUUUUAUACUAUGCUGGUCCCAUUCUUCAGACUGCUGGGUUUUCUGCUGCUUCUGAUGCCACACGGGUGUCAGUGAUCAUCGGCAUUUUCAAGGCAAUAAUGACGGGGAUAGCUGUCCUAAAGGUAGAUGAUCUUGGGAGAAGACCUCUCCUAAUCGGUGGAGUCAGUGGCAUUGCCUUAUCACUUUUUCUUCUUUCGGCUUAUUACAAGUUUCUUGGCGGGUUUCCUUUAGUUGCGGUGGCUGCUUUGCUUCUGUAUGUGGGAUGCUAUCAGAUAUCAUUUGGACCUAUCAGUUGGCUAAUGGUGUCAGAAAUAUUCCCACUGCGCACAAGAGGAAAGGGAAUCAGUCUUGCAGUCCUUACUAACUUUGCGUCUAAUGCUUUAGUCACGUUCGCUUUCUCACCUUUAACGGAACUAUUGGGUGCGGAUAACCUGUUCCUUUUGUUUGGAUUGGUUGCCCUGCUGUCUCUGGUGUUUGUGGUUACCUCUGUCCCGGAGACCAAAGGCUUGAGCUUGGAAGAAAUUGAAUCAAGGAUCUUGAAGUGACUGUGUUUUGUGUACAAAUUCCACUAGUUUAAUCUAUACCACACUUGAUACAUUGUACAAUCCAAUGUAUAUAACUUAAAAAUGUGUGUUUUUGGUGUCCCGUUCUAUGUAUUUGUUUAUGUGUCCGUGCUACUAAUGGCAUGAUGAUAUCCGAAAAAUGUUUUCUCCCUCGAUCCCAAAAAUUUCAUUCCCAAUUUGUUUCACUUGCAUUCGAUGUAAAUAUUACGUAGUAGUAAUAUGUGAUAUUUUUCAUUACUAAUUGAGCCUGCCAUGCUUCACUUUCAAA